CAAGACCACUGACAGUUCAAGCACGGCCUUCUUCCGUACAACUCCUACUCCCACCCAAUAAUCAACCUCUACGCCUCCACAAUGGCCACCUCAUCCCUCACAAUCCCGGCCUACAAGACCGCAUUCCUCGAGUCCUGCCUCUCCGCCAACGUCCUAACCUUCGGCACCUACACCCUCAAGUCCGGCCGUCAAUCCCCCUACUUCUUCAACGCCGGCUCCUUCCACUCCGCCCCCCUCCUCUCAGCCAUCGCCCAAGCCUACGCCCACACCAUCGUCUCCUUCCUAACCGCCAACCCCUCCGUCCCCAAACCCGACGUCAUCUUCGGCCCCGCAUACAAAGGCAUCCCCCUCGCCUGCGCCACGCUCCUCGAGCUGCACCGUCUCGACCCCGAGACCUGGGCCAACGUAUCCUACAGCUUCGACCGCAAGGAAGUCAAAGACCACGGCGAGGGAGGCUCGAUCGUCGGUGCCCCGCUGAAGGGGAAGAAUGUCUUGGUGAUCGAUGAUGUGAUCACCGCUGGCACUGCGAUGCGCGAUACCCUCGUCAAGGUCGCCAGGGAAGGCGGAACCGUUGUCGGAUUCGCGGUUGCGCUUGAUAGGGAGGAGAAGAUGCCGGGGCCGAAGGAGAAGGAGGGGAUUGAUGAUGGAGAAGCGAGGGGUAGCGCUAUGGGACAGAUUAGGGGGGAGUUUGGGGUGAGGACGGCGAGUAUUGCGACUUUGGGGGAUUUGAUUGAGUUGUUGAGGGGGAAGGGGAGUGAGGAGGAUGUGAAGAGGAUGGAGGCGUAUAGGGCGAGGUAUAAGGCGAGUGAUUGAACGCUGGGCGGUUGAUAUGGCCUUGGCAAUUGAUGCAUUUCCAUGACCGAACCUCGAGAUAGAUGCGAAUUUAUAUUAAAAUACCAUUCCCGAACUGGCGAGAAAGCCAACAUAAAACGGCGCGUCCACCGCGCUUCCUUGCCGUCGCCUUAUACAGUAUACAGAUAUCCCAUGCUACUCUCAAUAUUUCUCCUCGAGAAAUUAUCAUCCGCCUUCGCAAACGGCUCACUCUCCCGAUCGAUCAGGCUCACCCUCUUUUCCACCGCCCCAACCUUCCCCGUCCACUCCGGCGCCACCUCCCUCACAAAAUUCGUCGCCCUCUCCUCAGACUGGUCACACGGCCUGCCGCCCCGUCUAAACCCCAGAUCUAACUUCCAAUUGAACGCGUCCACCAGCGCCUCCGCAAGACUCGCAAGCACCACAUAGCGCACCGGAUCCUCAUCGGACGGAUCCUCUAUCCGCGAGAGCGACCAGCCCUCCGAGCCGCGGCGGAAGAGGUACUCGCAUUCGUAGGUCAUGAGGGUGCGGCGGUCGGCGCAGAAGUCAUCGUAGAGGCGAUAUAGAGACCGGAGUGACGUAUCUCACGCGCGGAAGAGGGGAUUCCGGGUUCCUGCUUGCCGCGCGUUGAUGACCUCAGGCGAUGCAUGGAGGUCUUCGUAGGAGAGUAGAGGGGGGA